AUGGCAAUGUUUUUAGAUACUUGUUGCGUACCUCAGUCGCAUCAUCCGCUUCAAAUUAUACAUUAUGAUGGGCGCCCGAAGCCAAAACGACCCUCACAGCGUACUUCCCCCAAGAUCCGGUUUGGCGAAGAUGGAACGGGGUCGAACGCUGAACAGGAGAAUGAAGAAGAUCCUAUACCUACAUCUGAUGAAGUCGAACUUGCCGAUUUGGCGUGCUUAGCCGACAACGAAGCUAACUACGAGGUUAGCGGCAGAAGAGGAGAAAAUGGCGAUGUUGGCAAUGAUGACCCCACGAACGAACGGGAAGGUGUCUCAAUGCCAGCCUCUCAAGAAGACACAGGGGAUAAGGCUUCACGAAAUGCGGUCAUUAUCAAUGAUAGUUUGCACAUGGGCGAUCGGCUUGAGUCCCCCAGUACUUCGACCCCGGAGUAUCGUGAUACGGAGGUCCCUACCGGCACGACCGACACAAUUAACUUAGAAACGGUUAAUAGAGCGAAGAUUCAAGCCAAUAAGCCCCCGCAUGGGCGACUACCAUCAACGCCGCCGACUAGCCCGUCGAUAACGAACAUCGAACAGUUGACGGAAGAGGCCUUCCGCUGCAUACAUAUGAAAGCCACCGCACAUCAGCGCCCGACGGAAACAAGACUUCCUACCAUCGAAAGUACGAGCAGCGGUAGCAGCAGCGGAAGCGAUACUGAUGACGACGACCACAACGGCAAACACACAACGUCGCUGACCCGCAAGCGGAAACGCUCUCCACCAGCCAACAACGCAAGUCACAAGCGGCAAAGUCGAGAACCGAACACAACGUUAAAGCCGAGCACUACUUGCACCAAACCCUCUGCAAGGCGACAAAAUCUAUCUCUACCCCAGGAGAAGGCAGUCUCCAAUCAUGUCUCAGAUGCUAGACUUGCUUCAGCAGCGCAGUCUAGCGUCUGUGAUACUAAGAUGUGCUGCGGUAAGGACAGCAGUGCCGAAAGCAGCGAAGGGAGCGGUGAGUGGGGCCGCCAUCUUCGAAAGGGACGGAAGCCUAUGGGAAGCAAUCAAGGCAGCGUUUGGUGUUCACGUUUAAACGCUAAGAAUCCGUCGUCCACUCCCGCUCCACUGCAUGCGAAUCGGAAAACGAGGUUGUCUGCAAAGGGUGUAUCACCUGGACAGAUACAGUGGCAUCUAUUAGACAUAGCAUUCCACUCGCUCUCGGCCUAUGUGUCGUUUUUGAUAGCUAUCUUCCGUGCUUAUAGUGGCCCGGGAAUGAUAUCUACCAGCCAUGCAGUCACCCUCUUGAAGAGUAUUUGGUGCUCCGGAUGCGGGAUAGGCCAGCCACUGCUAGCUCCAUCUAGCUUGCCACUGAACAGGGCAGACACUGCAUCUCCACGGGAUUAUGGACGGCCUCGCGAUGCUGUCGUCGACGACGACGACCAAAGUGCAUAUGAAGAUUAUGAUAAGAAGGGCAAAAAUGACGAAGAAUAUCUAAGCGAUGUCGUUAAGAAGCUCUCGAGCUCUAGGACUCAUCCGCUGGUCAGAGAAGGACGACAACAGAUUGCGCAAUUGGGGAAAGCAAGGCAAGUCUUGGAACUGGAUAUGUGA